AUCUAGAUUCUAGAAUGUCUGACCAAUGCAAACUGGAAUUCUUUUCAAAAUAUUCUGCUAGUUUUAUAAUGUCCGACUUUCUCAUUCUGUUGCCUCGUGGCUCUGAAGUUGCAGCAUCUGUUAAAAAGGUCAGCAUACUUCCUACCCUGAUCAGAGAACAGUUUUUGCUGUAAUUAUACGAACAUAGUUGGUAGUUGGAGAUAAAGUGGACGAAGCAAAGCAAUUGUGGUGUGUAUGCUGUUUUCAGCUUUUAUGCCUGGCAAUGCUUUUAGGUGAUCACGUGCGAUGAGAAAAGUAGUGGGAUUCCAUACAUCCUUCAAGCGAACACCUUCCUCUACUUGUAAAACAAACAAUUUGUCUCGAUUGUAAAUAUCUCCAUUGGUACACUCAAUUUAUAUUUUUAAUUGCAUCUAUUUUUAACUUCUGUCUUGCCCAAAAUAAUGUAGAUAUUCUUUUUUUUUUGGUCUGAGAUUGACUUUCCACCCAGUAUAUUGAUCUAUUUAUAAUCAAAAGGGUUACACAGUUGAUAAAUAGCUUCAGCUAUUUUCAAGAGAACAAUUAAAUUAUCACAACUUCAUAAGAUACAUUGAACGUGGUUAACUACUAGGAAAAUAAGAAACAUUGAUUGUCCUAUUUCCAACAGUAAGUGGUGUCUUUUAUGCAAUUUCCACCUCUAUUUUUCUUUAGUAAUAUUUUACAGUUCUCUGUUAUCUUUAAAAUGAGAUUAUGUAACUAGAUGUUCUUUUUUUGCCUUAGAAACUGAUUUCAAAAUCUUGUAACAAUAUAGGUAGAUUUCAAAAUUCGACAAUCUUUAUAGUUUGAUUUCCCCGGUUAGAUAAUUAUUUUAAUUGGAUUUCAAAAUUUAGUAUCUUUUAUUUCAGCGUUAGUGAGUGGGAUAAAGAUUAAAAAGUUAUUUUAAAAAAUUUUAAAAGUUUUAAGAAUGCUGAAGAAAUCAUUGGAGGUAGAGGAAGAAGUAUCCCAAUAACAAUCCAUCAGCCUUGAAUAACCCAAUUCAUAUAAUUCGUCCACCGUCGGGUCAGUCCGGUCGGCAACCCGUUUAAAAAAAAAAAAGAAAAAAAGGGCAUGCUCAUGCUCUCAAACAGACCUAUCUCUGUUGCUCUGGUGUACUAGGUGGUUGAGGCUCUGUGAUUAAAAACAAAGACAAAACACACCACGCACUUAGAGUCACAGGCCACACGACACGUAAGCCACCACUACCAUACAGAAAGAAGCCGCGAGCGACAACCAACGCCCAAGAUUAAGAGAGGAGGUGCGACGCCACGCAACAUGCUACGCAAGGGAGAUUGAGAUAAGGAGAGGAGGCGUGGCGUGAUGGUUCUCAGAGCGGCGGUUCCCACGCAGAGCAAGGUGUGCCACCACGAACAGAUAGGAUGAAAGAAUCAAGAACAAAGAAACAGCCUGAAGGUGAUACUGAGAUUUCAGCAUGGGUUAGUAAAAGCCGCAAGUUAGAAAAGAAAAGAGCAUUGCAGCUCUGAGAUUUUUGAGGAGCAGAAGCACGUAAACCAGAAAGUGAAGAUGUUUUCAUGCAUGAUGAUGAAGAGGCUAUUGUUUCUGAUGAAGAAAAGACUAAUGAGGGUGGUGGAUGGACUGAAGUUCAAGAAACUAAUGAAGAUGAACAACCCAAUAAGGAAGGCAAAGAGGAAAUCGUUCCUGAUGAAACUAUCCAUGAAGUUGCUGUAGGGAAAGGAUUGUCAGGUGCUUUGAAACUGCUUAAAGAUCGAGGAACACUUAAGGAAAGCAUUGAAUGGGGUGGCAGAAACAUGGACAAGAAGAAAAGUAAAUUGGUUGGAAUUGUAGAUGAUGACGAGAAGGAAACUCAGAAAAAAAGGGAGAUUCGCAUUGAAAGGACCGAUGAAUUUGGGAGAAUUUUAACUCCUAAGGAAGCCUUUCGAAUGAUUUCUCAUAAGUUCCACGGUAAAGGACCUGGAAAAAUGAAGCAAGAGAAGCGUAUGAAGCAAUAUCAAGAAGAAUUGAAGAUGAAGCAAAUGAAGAGUUCUGAUACACCAUCACUGUCUGUGGAGAGAAUGCGGGAAGCUCAAGCACGUUUGCAGACCCCCUAUCUUGUUCUUAGUGGUCAUGUUAAACCAGGACAAACUGGUGACCCAAAAAGUGGUUUUGCAACUGUUGAGAAAGAUCUUCCUGGCGGCUUGACACCUAUGCUUGGUGAUCGUAAGGUAGAACAUUUUCUGGGAAUUAAGAGGAAAACUGAGACAUCAGACUCGGAUAACCCAAAAAAGCCUAAAUCGUAUUUCCUUGUCCUGUGAGCAUAGAAGUUGUACCCAUAGUGUUGUUCAUCUAUUCUGUUGCUGACUGCUGAUGAUUUGCAGCUGAAUUUAGUGUUAAUUUCGUAAUAAAACUUGAUUUUCUUGAAAGAUGUAUGUUAGUAGAAAUUUAAGGAGCUAGCAAUCUCACAACUGGUUGAAUUUUUCUCCAUUCUAGAAUUCGUGUUCCUUCUGUACAGAUAAGAGUUUAUUUUUAAUGAAUUAACUAAAAUUUUGGAUUGUGGAUU